AUGACUUUUCAAACUUCGUAUUCUACGUUGAACGUUAAUGAAUACAUACAGACAAAGUCGUAUCAUCACUCGUACGAUCCAGUGUUGCUGCAAGAAGCCUAUGAUGGACUUGGUAUAUAUAUUCCUUUUACCGACUAUAAAGAGCCCUUAGGAACGGAAAGUCAUCGUCCAACUCGCUCUGAUUCUUAUUUCACUUAUAGCAACGCAUGGGAUGAUUAUGGCAACUUAGGAUACCCGGUCAGUCACUAUCCUCCAGAUUACCCCAUCUUUCAGCCAGGGUACAGUGAUAGUCGUAUGGCGUAUACCAUACCAAAAAAUACAUACAAUCCAAGGCAUGAUGCUUCAGAUAAUCGUUCAAGUGUUCACAAGACAGAAACAAGCAAGGACUAUACCAGAGAUGACUAUACGGUACCAAAUUCACCUGAAUCGAUUACCUCAGAUCUAUCGUCAUCAGCUUCCUCCAUCAGCUCAACAACCCGUUCGUCUGCCAAAAAAAACAACAAGGAAGAAAUAGGUGCGAAAAAGGUACAUGCCUGCGACUUUUGUGAUCGUAAAUUUGCAAGAAAGUAUGAUGCGCAUCGACACAUUCGAAUUCACACAGGGAAUAAACCAUAUGUUUGUCCUUGCUGUCGUAAAUGCUUUGCCCGCUCAGAUGCACGUACUCGACAUGUUCGCAAGGAACCCGCCUGCUUUGCAUUCUCAAAAAAGCUAGAUAUGAUCCAACGUACAAGACAGAGCAAAGAAUAA